GUCGUCGUUAUUUCUUCUUUUCGAAUUGAUUAUUAUGGCGGAUACUUUUUUGACACGAAAGCAACACGUGGUGUCUUCACUUGUAGAAGCUCUUGAUCCUAAUCGACGGGACAAAUCACCCAAAGGAUUUGUGGAUGCACCUAUUCUUGAUCUCAUUCACAUUAUUAAUGAACAUCCCGACUACUAUACGACAAGCAGUUGUUCUGGCCGCAUUGCCAUUUACUGUGAAGGAUUGGAAAAAGCUGAGAGUGAAGAUACGCUUGAAAAGACAACUAAAGGCGGUACUUGGUUAUAUGUUACCCAUGAUCCUGUCGACAUACCGACCAUGAAUCGCGAACAACGAGACCAAUGGGUUUUGAAGCUUCUUUUUGGUGAUCAAAUCGAUCGUGUGAGUUUGGCCACUGAACGACCCGAGAAUAUUUUGCAGAAACAGCUUGUUUAUUUCAAAUUCGAACCCUUGAUCCUUCACGUAGAAGCUUCGCAUCAGCAUACGGCUAUGCGUUUACUUGGCCUCGCAUUUCAAGCCGGUUAUCAGAACAGCGGUAUUACACCUUCCCGAUCUCGACAAAUGCUCGCUAUCCGGAGUACACAUAAACUUGAUACGCCCAUUGCUUAUGUCGACCCCAUUACCCAUCGGAUCGUAUGCUUAGUGGAUCCAGAUUACUUAUACCUCCUCGUGACCAUGUCCAACCAAAAGUUUAUGCAAAAUAUGGACCGCAUGAAAUUAUUUUUGGACAUGAUGAAGAAAGAAGUGGAAUCAGCCAACAUCAUGCAGCAUGUAGAAACCAAAGAGGAACGGCGCGAACGAAAACGACGAGAAGGCAUGGCAAAACAACAAGCACUGCAAGCUCAAACCAGUAACGAAGUAUCCGCCAUGGAUACCACCGAUACUUCCUCCUAAUCCACUAGAAAACAUUUCAUAGAAACUAAAAGCAAAAGCAAAAGUAGAGCAAUACACAAUAAAGACCA